AUGUCUAGUCGCAUUGUUAUGCCCGGAGAGCGGCUGCGGCUACGCGUAGCCAUGCUUGAGUAUGUUGACCUUGACCGCACACGAUAUACCUUGGGCAGCGAGCGCCGCUAUCCUCGCUUGGGUUGGCUGGAAGAUGGCCGAAUUUUGCUUCUACCGUAUACUUCAUCGUUACGCAACCUUCCAGGACCGCCAGCCUCAAACUGGCUAUUUGGCAGCAUCAAUGACCUCAGAGCCUCUGAAAACUUUAUGCUGCACGAUGCAUGGCUGGAGAAGUACGGCCCGACGCUGAAGUUUAACAUCUGGUUCAAGAUACCUCGACUCCUCACGAUCGAUACGCGGGCGAUCAAUUACAUUCUUAGUCAUUCUCAGGAUUAUCCAAAGCCCGAGCGAACCCGGCACGAUCUCACUGAGAUCCUUGGCAAUGGACUCGUAGUCGCGGAAGGAGAAUUGCACCACCGAGAAGUUAGUCAUAGCAUCAAUGAUGUUGUAUCGUCUGCUGACGGACAGAGUCACUCCGCAGCGCAGGAUUAUGGUAAGACUCACAAUCCCGCGUUCGGACCUGCACAGAUACGAGAACUAACAGAUAUUUUCGUGGAGAAGGCGCAACAGUUGCGUGACAUGUGGAGAAAGGAAGUCGCUGAAGGCACUGCACGGAUCGAUGUCCAGGGCGGUCUGACAAAGAUGACGCUUGAUGUAAUUGGUCUCGCAGGCAAGUCUGCAUCGUCUGUGCGCUUCCGGUCACCAUGUUUCAACUAUGAGUUCAGCGCGCUAAACCCAGAUGGCAAACCCAACGAGCUCGACACCGCCUUCGAAGUCAUGUUUUCAUACUUAUCCGAGUUCGAGCGUAGCUACUGGCCCCUCUUACGGUCCAUGUUCCCAAUACUUCGCCGAAUACCCGACGGCUACACCAGGCGCACCGCAGCCGCACAGAAGGUGACACGGCGGAUCGGCAUGCAACUGAUCGCAGAGAAGAAAGAGGCCGUGCGGAAGGCGGCGCAGUCUAGUGACAAGGGUGUCGAAAGCGCACUGCAGAGCCGUGAUCUCCUCACGCUGCUAAUCAAGGCUAACAUGAGUUCCGACGUCCCGGAGGACCAACGUCUUUCAGACGAUGAUGUUCUCGCUCGUACGUGGCACAAAACAUUUCUUGUCGCUGGACACGAGACGACAAGCAACGCGACAACUUGGUGCCUGUAUGCACUUUCCCAUCAGCCCGACGUCCAGCAUAAGUUGCGCGAGGAGCUCUGGGGCAUACGAACAGAUAAUCCCUCGAUGGACGAGCUCAACGCGCUGCCGUACCUCGACGCGGUAAUACGCGAGACGAUGCGCUUGUAUCCUCCGGUCGUGGGUACCUUCCGUAUUGCGAGCAAGGACGACAUAAUCCCUCUGGCCACACCCUACACCGACUCCGCGGGGCGCGUGCACGACAGCGUGAGCAUAAAGAAGGGCACGAGCUUCUCCAUUCCGAUUGUGCUGAUGAAUAGGUCGAAAGCCCUGUGGGGAGACGACGCGUUGGUAUUCAGGCCUGAGCGAUGGGAGUCUCUGUCCGAGGCUGUCCAACAGAUCCCCGGCGUUUGGGGCAACAUGAUGACGUUCCUCGGCGGCCCGCGCGCGUGCAUCGGGUACCGCUUUUCGCUCGUUGAGUCCGUGUUCCGUACCUACAUCGAAUUGCUCGCACACUUAACCCGCGUGUUCUGCAGGAUGAAGGCCUUGAUCUUCACGCUGGUGCGCAGUCUCGAGUUUGAGCAGGCGGUCCCUACCCAGGAGAUUAUGAAGAAGAUCGGACUUGUGCAGCGCCCCUUUGUGCGCAGCGAGAUGGACAAAGGCACGCAAAUGCCGUUGAUCGUGAAACCUUACGUGCGGGAUUAG